AUGAUUGUUCCUCUUUUCAAUGUUUCAACAGCACCGCUAGCUGGAAACUUUGGUUUUAUCCGAACAUAUACUGAAGGAGAAAACGUCACACGUGGAUGCAGCGUAACAAACUACAGAAGGCAGAAGUUCUUCUGUAAGAACGAAUGUAAAAAAGAAGAGGACAUCAUCAUUGAAACAGAUGAGAACAGAGCUCAGAGUGGCAGAUACAGCAUCGAAUAUAAAGAAGGAUCUGCAUUUGGACUGUAUGUGAGCGUCACACAGGUGACCAAGUCAGACACAGGACAGUACAGGUGUGGUUACGGCAGAGCUCUGUCUCCAGAUUCAUCCAACAGGAUUAAAUUCAUGGUCAUAGAUGCUCCGACCACUUCAAAACCAGACUUGAAUCUUGGACCAACAUCAGUCCCAUCAGCCUCCACACAAGCAACAACUCAGAGCUCCAGUUCGGGAAGUUUCACAUCUUCACCAGCUUUCCCUGAAACCACCAACCAGCCGACAGUUCUCUCCUAUGUCCCUCACUCAGGUUACUUCUUGCCUCUGGUUGUGUGCGUGCUCUUGGUUUGUGGCCUGUUGGCUGUUUUUCUGCUGGUCAUCUACAAAUGGAAGAAAAGGAGGAACAUUGAUCUGACCAGCAGAGGAAAUGCUGGCAGCGUACAGAUGGAGCCUGUCAUCUAUGAGAACUGUCCUCCAGUCUUACCAUGUGAAGACUCCAUCUACCAAAGCCUCGAUCCAGGGACCACGAGCAACUACUCUACUCUAUAUCUUUAGACAGUAUACAAAUGCAAUGUCUGCGUUUGGUUUUGUACUGUGCAAGUUAUGAUGUGCUGUGAGGUUCAUUAUUGUUCCUUUUCUUUUGGCAGAUAUUAUCCAUAAAUUAUAUUAUCACCUCUCUGCUGAUGAUGCUGAGCUGAUCAUUUGUCUCAGGGUGUUCAGCAUUUUGUCUUCAGAAAUCUAGGUGUCCUUGGUGAUUCUUUCCCAAACUUUGAGAAAAACAUAAGGAAAUUAAUCCAGUCCGGCAUUUACCAGUUCCUCAAUAAGUGUCAUUUUGUAAUGAAAGCCAAGAGAAGCCAGAUUUCCAUUUGCCAUUGUAAUUUUAGUUUAAUGAAACCUUUCCAGAUGUUUUAUAGAGUUUCUUCAAAUGAGUGAAACAGUUCCUCUGUUGAUUGUAAUGGUUAACCUGUGUGGUGAACGAUGGUACUGCACGAUCAUGUGAAAGA